UUUCUCCACCAAGUUAUCAAGAAAAGUUUUAGAGAGAGAGAUAGUGAGUGGAGUUGUGAUCAUUUUGCAGAGAGAGAGUCGCCUGAGGUCGUCGCCGGAGCCACCGUGUCCAGUGAUCUCGUCAAGCUCAUCACCACCUUUCGUUGUAGUCGUUGCGAAUCUCGUGCAUGCAAACCCACCAUCGUGUUCCUCUCGUCGAGACGAAUCCGUAGACACCAGAAUCUCCAUAAUCGGAGCUCAGACGAAGCCGUACGCGCCCUCCAAAGUUUCGCCGGAAAUCGUCUCCGCCACCACCGGACCACCGCUUCGCCGCCGCCGGAAAUCGUCUCCGCCGCCGGCCACCGCCGUUCUCCGCCGCCAGCCACCGUCUUCCUCCGACGCCGCUCCGCCGUCCUCCGCCGAUUUGGAGUCUAUUUGAGCAGCUGGAGUUCAUAGAUACCACUUCUCUUCAUUUGCUAAGAUGCCGCCGAGGAGAGCUACCCGUGCUCAGAUCGCUAGAGAUGCUAGAGAGGCUCAGGACGAGCAUGUUCAGCCCGCAGUUCCGCAGCCCGUUGCUCCGCAGAUUGAUCAGGAUGCCAUGAGACAGAUGAUUCAGGAGUCAGUUCAGCAGAUUGCCCAAGAGACAGCCAGGCAAGCCGCUCAAGAGGCUGCCCGGGUAGCUGCUCAGGAAGUUGCUCGACAGAUGGCUGCAGCUCAGCAGGUUCCGCAGGGUCCUCAGAUUCAUGUGCAGCAGGGUCCGCAGAUUCAUAUGCAGCAGGUUCCGCCCGUUCAGGUUCAGCAUGAUCAUCAGGCUCCAGCUCAGCAGGCCCCAGCGCCACAAUAUCCGCAGGUUCCUAUUCAGCCGGUUCCAGGUGUCUUUCAGGUUCCGCCGCCGCCACCUGUCAUUCCAGUGCAUGUGCCCGAGGUUGAUGAAACAUUUAUCAGGGUGUUGUCACAGAUGAAGUAUGUGAACUUGGAGCAUUUCAGUGGUACCACGGACCCUACACUUGCUCACGAUUGGAGGCACAGUUUGGAUAAGUGUUUGAACACUAUCUCGUGCCCAUCAAGGCACAAGCUUAGGAUUGCUGAGUUGUAUUUACGCGGAGAUGCAGCAGUGUGGUGGGAUGGAGUGCGAGUGAUGCACCACGGCGAGAUGACUUAUGAGGAUUUCCUGUAUGCGUUCAACAAGAAGUAUUUUCCAAGAGAAGCUUUGGAUGAGAAGAAGAAUGAUUUUGAGAGUUUGAGGCAGAGUGGAAAGUCUGUCAGAGAGUAUGAGCAUGAGUUUCGCCAGCUUCACAGGUUUGCGGGAAUUGGUAUGGAUGAGGAGGAUCUUAUCAGGAGGUUCUUAAAAGGAAUGCGAGUAGAACUUCACGGUAGGUGCAGUAUGGUCACCUAUACCAGUUUGGAGGAUCUGGUAUAGAAGGCCGUUGUGCAAGAGAAAUGUAUUGCAGCGGGGCAGAAGUUCAACAAGGCAGCUCAGCAUAAGUCUGAAGGAGCUUCAGAGUCACAUAAGAGGACAUGGGAUCGGCCGAGUAUCCAGUGUCAUAAUUGUGGGUUGUUCGGGCAUGUUUCUAGAAAUUGCCGAAAGCCACUAGUUACCCAGUUUAUAGCGCCAGCAGCACCAGUAGCAGCAACUAGGAACUGUUAUGGUUGUGACCAGCCAGGUCAUAUCUUCAGAGAUUGCCCGAGGAGGGGCAAUGCAGCACUUCCACCACCACCGAAGCGCCUAGACAUCGCUCCACGUGUGUUCACGGUUGGAGAUGCCCAGGGAGCCGAGCCGAUAGCGGGUAUGCAUCUUAUUCAUACUACUUGUGUUUGAAUAUUGUGGUCUCGUAAUUAUCUGUGUAGUUAGCAAAAAUCUCGUAUAGUUCGGUUUUGGUUAAAAGUAAGUUAGUUCGCAUCUUGUUCGACACGGAGCUUCCCACAGAAUUGUGAGUUCACAUGUGGUCAAGUCUUAGCAUUUUCAGUGUAUCUUUAAAAGAAGACAAAGAGGAUUUGAGAGCAAUCAGUAUUCAUCGUGAUGUACCAGUUGUCUUUCGAGUAUUAAGAUGGCAUCGUAUGAAGUCCUUUACAACAAGUUUUAUUACACACCGCUUUAUUGAAGACAAAAGUGGGGGAGCGACGUGAGGUAGAAACCACAAUGGAUCAAGAGAUGGUAGAGCAAAUGAACGUGCUCAAGUUUGGCCUUGGGAAGGCCAUGACCGUGAAAAAAAAGUUAUGCAUAUAUGCGUCGUAAGGAUUUGGAGUUUCAGGCGAGUGAAUGAAUAUAUCUAAAAUGAAGACAUUUCAAGGAGGAGCUAAGACACAAAAGUUGAUGAAGCUUAAACCGAAGUACAUGUUAUCAUAUCUUAUUUUUGGAGCGGAUUGGAGCAGUUCUUAGAGAUUGGAUUUAUCGGCAGAGUUAUCUGACUUCCACGAUGUGUUUCAUGUUUCCGUUUUGAGAAAAGUUGUUAGAGAGCCAGAGCUCAUUUUGCAGCAGCCACCAAGUGAUCUUGGCAAGAAUUUAUGUGCGCCUUGUCAGCCAGUGGAGAUUUUGGAUCGCCAAGUGAAAGCAGUUAAGGGAAUGAUGACCAUGUUGGUCAAGGUUCGUUGGGAGUCUGAGCCUCAGAUGAGGAUUGAUUAUCCAGAGCUGUUUCAGGAUGGUGUUGGACAGUCAGCGGACGACUCGAAUUCGAGGACGAAUUCUUUAUUAGUGGGGGAGAAUUGUAACGACCCGAUUUUGGCCACAGAGUUCGUUAGCAUGCUAACGCCCAUGCACUCACCCAAAGGUCUAAUAUUUGCCUAUAAAUACCAGCUCAUCUACUUUGUUUUCUCCACCAAGUUAUCAAGAAAAGUUUUAGAGAGAGAGAUAGUGAGUGGAGUUGUGAUCAUUUUGCAGAGAGAGAGUCGCCUGAGGUCGUCGCCGGAGCCACCGUGUCCAGUGAUCUCGUCAAGCUCAUCACCACCUUUCGUUGUAGUCGGUAAGCGCCGGAAACCGCCAUGCAUUUGAGUUUAGUUUCGUGCGUUUAGUAAAUCGUCCAUAACUUUCUAACAGUUGCGAAUCUCGUGCAUGCAAACCCACCAUCGUGUUCCUCUCGUCGAGACGAAUCCGUAGACACCAGAAUCGCCAUAAUCGGAGCUCAGACGAAGCCGUACGCGCCCUCCAAAGUUUCGCCGGAAAUCGUCUCCGCCACCACCGGACCACCGCUUCGCCGCCGCCGGAAAUCGUCUCCGCCGCCGGCCACCGCCGUUCUCCGCCGCCAGCCACCGUCUUCCUCCGACGCCGCUCCGCCGUCCUCCGCCGAUUUGGAGUCUAUUUGAGCAGCUGGAGUUCAUAGAUACCACUUCUCUUCAUUUGCUAAGAUGCCGCCGAGGAGAGCUACCCGUGCUCAGAUCGCUAGAGAUGCUAGAGAGGCUCAGGACGAGCAUGUUCAGCCCGCAGUUCCGCAGCCCGUUGCUCCGCAGAUUGAUCAGGAUGCCAUGAGACAGAUGAUUCAGGAGUCAGUUCAGCAGAUUGCCCAAGAGACAGCCAGGCAAGCCGCUCAAGAGGCUGCCCGGGUAGCUGCUCAGGAAGUUGCUCGACAGAUGGCUGCAGCUCAGCAGGUUCCGCAGGGUCCUCAGAUUCAUGUGCAGCAGGGUCCGCAGAUUCAUAUGCAGCAGGUUCCGCCCGUUCAGGUUCAGCAUGAUCAUCAGGCUCCAGCUCAGCAGGCCCCAGCGCCACAAUAUCCGCAGGUUCCUAUUCAGCCGGUUCCAGGUGUCUUUCAGGUUCCGCCGCCGCCACCCGUCAUUCCAGUGCAUGUGCCCGAGGUUGAUGAAACAUUUAUCAGAGUGUUGUCACAGAUGAAGUAUGUGAACUUGGAGCAUUUCAGUGGUACCACGGACCCUACACUUGCUCACGAUUGGAGGCACAGUUUGGAUAAGUGUUUGAAACAC